CUCUGAACCCAUCAUCCCCUCAGAUCUUCUGAUCAAUCGCUGCUCUUCAUUCCACGCUCCCAGUUCAAAUCAAGAGAACUUAUUACAUUAGUGUCUGACUGUACUGCAUCAUGCUGUUGAUGAAGUGGAGGAUGGUGGUGGACUCCCUGUGUGGACGGAAGAGGAGGGUGCCCUGUUCCUUCUGGUUUCUCCUGCUGUUCGCUGCUGGAGGUCUGGUUCUCUUCAUCCACCAGCAGGAUCUCUCAGAGAUGGCCCAGCAACAAGGCCCAGGCGUGAAGCUGGGAAGCACUCCACGGCAGUCCAGAGAGACUCUUUCCACUCAAGACAGAAGGAGAGGCAAAUCUGACAAUUAUCAGGACCUCCAAACAGCAGAAGACAUCUUGUCCAGCCCAAUCCCUCCAAUGCAGUUCCCACACUUUGAGAAGAGUGGACAGAUGGCCACCCCUGGGUCUCCGGAGCAGGACAUAGGCUUGAUUCGUGUCUCCAAAAGACAGCGCAAACUGCUGAAAACUACCCCUCCGAUCCAUCACACCACCAAUAAUGUUUCUUUCUCCUCUUCCUCUUCUUCCACAUCUUCCUCCUCAUCUUCCUCAUCCUCAGUUUUGUCCUCCUCCGCCUCAGUGUUGUCCUCCUCUGCCACAGGCUCUUUAUCCCUUGAGAGGUGGAGAAAGCUCUCCAAUAUCCUGGAAGCACGUCGACAACUGAUGAAGGAGAUGUGUGCUAAGUACAAAAGCAGCAUCUCCAGGACUGUCACACGUCAUCACGUGAAAGACAUCUUUGUUGAGGACAAGUACAAGUUGUUGUACUGCCAGGUACCCAAAGCGGGCUGUUCCAACUGGAAGAGGACCCUGAUAGUGCUGGCGGGCAAGGCCUCCGAUAUUCAGAACCUUAAACACGACACAGUCCACAAUGGAAACCAUCUCAGGACGCUUAACAGCUUUGACCAAAAGGGAAUCAUGUACCGUCUGAAAACCUACACCAAAGUCAUGUUUGUCCGAGAGCCCUUGGAGAGACUAGUGUCUGCUUACAGGGACAAGUUUGAGAAUCCCAAUGACUACUACCACUCCCUGUUUGGGAAACCCAUCAUCAACAAGUACAGAGUGAAUGCAUCCAAGGCAGCCCUGGAGACAGGCAACGGGGUCACAUUCCAUGAGUUUGUCCAGUACCUGCUGGACGUCCACCGACCUGUGGGAAUGGACAUCCAUUGGGAGCAGGCAAAUCAGAUCUGCAACCCUUGUCACAUAGACUACGACUUUAUCGGCAAGUUUGAGAACAUGGAGGAAGAGUCCAACUUUCUCCUGCGACUGACUGGGGCGCCACCCAACGUCAGGCUGCCCAGUUUUAAAGAUAGGAACCCAGCCGACAAGAAGACCUCUACGCCAAUCACACAAAAAUACUUUUCACAGGUCAGCAUGUUGGAGAGACAGCGAGUCUAUGACUUCUAUUACAUGGACUAUCUGAUGUUUAACUACUCCAAACCUUUUAAAGAUUUAUAUUGACUGACUCCUGUCAAGACUCUUCCCCAAACACAGUCACAUUCCACUACUUCUACAUCUCUACCACGAUAGUAAUCUUACCAAUAUAAGGAGGCUCACUCAUAUACCCACAUGGAUCUUUGCAUCUAAGCAGAGAGAUCAGAGACCAAACUUCCUCUGAAUUUGGCUGCUUUUUAUGAAUAAAUUUCUACCAGAUUACAGUAUCUCAAAUUUUUAACAACUAUGUAAUGAAAAAGUUCAUGUGAUGUAAUAAAUACUCUAACUUGUCCUGAAAUCAAGGUAUUUAUUCACAAGUAGCACACAUGGUGAGGUUGAAUUUUAAAAUCAUAAAUGUUAUGCUUCAAGAAUAAUUAAUUAUUGUUCAACAGGCUUUAAAUUAUGCCAUACUGUGAGUCAAAUAGCAUUUGCAAAUGCAUUUUAAGGUUUGAUCCAACUUAAGCACAGCUUGUGUGUGAUUUGAUUUAGGUUCCAGUCACAUUCUUAAAUUCAGAAGUUAUUUCGGUAACACUUUAUUUUACAGGUCCUUUCAUUUUAAACUAAUUUCCUAGAAAAUUUAGUAAGUAAUUUGGAAUUAUUUAAUGGUAGAACAUUACUUCUUUAGAACAGA